AUGUCGAACCUCGCUGAUCCGGUCGCGUUCGCGAAAGAUUUCAUCGCUGGCGGUGUCUCCGCCGCUGUCUCCAAGACGGCCGUCGCGCCCAUCGAGCGCGUCAAGCUGCUGCUCCAGGUACAGCACGUCAGCAAACAGAUCGCCGUUGACCAGCGCUACAAGGGUAUCGUCGAUGCCUUCGUCCGCAUUCCUAGGGAGCAAGGUUUCCUGUCCUUCUGGCGUGGUAACUUAGCCAACGUCAUCCGUUACUUCCCCACCCAGGCGCUUAACUUUGCCUUCAAGGACAAGUACAAGCAGGUGUUCCUCGGUGGAGUUGACAAGCACACCCAGUUCUGGCGCUACUUCGCCGGUAACCUCGCCUCCGGUGGUGCCGCCGGUGCUACCUCCCUAUGCUUCGUGUACCCGCUCGACUUCGCUCGUACCCGUCUCGCCGCCGAUGUCGGCAAAGGAGAAGGCCAGCGUGAAUUCAGCGGUCUCGGCAACUGCUUGACCAAAAUCUUCAAGAGCGACGGUCUGACUGGUCUCUACAGAGGUUUUGGAGUAUCCGUACAAGGUAUCAUUAUCUACCGUGCAGCAUACUUCGGAUUCUACGACACAGCAAGAGGCAUGUUGCCUGACGCCAAGAACACACCAAUUGUCAUCAGCUGGGCCAUUGCACAGACCGUCACAACAGUUGCUGGUAUCAUCUCCUAUCCCUUCGACACUGUCCGUAGGCGCAUGAUGAUGCAGUCUGGCCGCGCUAAGGGCGAUAUGUUGUACAAGGGCACACUUCACUGCUGGGCCACCAUCGCCAAGACGGAAGGUGGCGGUGCCUUCUUCAAGGGAGCCUUCUCCAACGUACUCAGAGGUACUGGUGGUGCCUUCGUACUUGUGUUGUAUGACGAGAUCAAGAAGCUCCUCUAA